CUUUUUAUAAGUUCUUGGCUUCAACCAAACAUCAGAGAAACCUGCAAACUUGCAACUUCAACUGAAAGGCUGUAAGGAUGUACUCCGCUACACCACCUUCUCAGCCUCAACCAAAGCAAUCGCGGCAACAACAGUACCCUUCUCAACAGCCACCGGCCUACAACUACCCUCAUCAAGGAUAUGGCCAAAUGGGACAAAUGGGACAUGGAAGUUUGCCGAUGGAUACUCGAGGAAUUCAGCAGCAGCCGCAAAAUAUGGGAACAAUGAUGGGACGGCAAGUUCCACUGCAGCAACAAGCUGCCGCCGGGCAAAUGAAUGCCCAUGGAAUGCCUAUGGAUAACCGAUCUAUGAACAGUGGCCAGAUGCAGCAUUUGGAUAACCGCAUGGGAUCUCAACAAAUGACGACUAAUCAAAGACCGAUGGGAAUGGAAAGUCACAAUAUGGGCCAGCUAGGAAACAAUCAAAUGGGAUCCAUGGGAAGCAUGAACAGCUCAAUGAGCAACUCCAUGGCGUCUAUGGGCGGUAUGAUGAGUGAUCGGACGAUGGGUACUCAGCAACAUCAAAUGAUGGGACAACAUCAACAACAACAAUCUACCAGCAACCCUGGCAACAAUCAACAAAUGCAACGUAUGAUGAACCCACCAGCGUACUCGCAACAGGAAAAACAACGCAUGGAACAGUACCAACGGCAACAACAUCAAUCCCAGAUGCAAAGCUACCAAUCUCAAAUGCAGCAAUCUAUGACCCCAGUAGUUCAAGCCCCGGCUCCAGCAAAACCGGCACCGAAGAACAACUCUAGGAGGAAGAGAACAGUCAACAAAGCUAAUCUCGAUGAGCCUACUCAGGUUCCGGCUCCGAAUUAUCAUUUCCAACCACCACCAAGCUAUGGAUAUCAGCAGAACAACAAUAUGAUGGGAAAUCCCCAAGUAAGUGGACAUCAAAUGGCAGGUGGACAACAACAACUCCAACACCAUGCAAUGAUGCAUGGUGGUCCUGGAGGCUCGCAGAGCCAGUAUCCAAACACAAAGUCAUCGGAAAUGGUGCGCUUAGAGCUUCGUAAUUCCAUUCAGGCCAAACAGCAACAGCAGAAGCAGAAGGAGCAGCCACCAAUGGAUCAACAACAUCGUGUACCAGCACAACAAGCUCAAAUGCAACGUGCAAUGCAACAAGAUUCGUCGAUGAUGAUGGGCAACCAAAUGGGACAAUACCAAUACAGCCAAAUGGGACAACCACCACACUAUCAUCAAUCAUCAUCCAUGGGCAACGGCAUGGGACAAGCUCCACAAAUGGGACAAGGUCAUCCACAACAAAUGCAAGAGAUGGGAAGCUUUAAUACUCCACAACCUCAAGUUCAAAUUAAUCAGAACACUCCUAUCUCGAGCGUGGCUAGCACCAGCUCGGCGAGCAGCUUAGAUUUUCCAAACGAACUUGGCUUUUUUGAUAUGCAGGAUCCAGAGCUUCCGGUUUCCUGCGAUAAACUUGAGGAGAAUCUAAAAUCACUUACAGUUCAUGACUUUGCUAUUCUUGGACGUUGCGCGUUUGACUUUUCCAAUCAACAAACGAUUGACUUUGUCCGUCAAAUUUUGCUGAUGUGAAGCACAUUUCAUUUUCAGUGUUUCAACUUGGUCACUCCCGAUGCAUUACUCUCCCAGUUACUGAUCUCCCGAUAUCCUGCUAUCUAGUUACCAAAUGCUUCUGCUUUUAGAUUUUCCAAUCACCAAUUCCUCUGUAUUUUGAAACUUGCGAGCUGUGCUCUCCAAAGCCAAAAUUUGUCUUGUUUACUGUGUAAAAAACAUAUUUGAAUCCAUAAUGUAUUCUUUUGUUCAUUUCCUAACUUAAAGAAAAUCCUGUCGAUAUAGUGAACACUCAUUUAGGAAUAAUGCCCCCCCCCCCAUCAGCAGCUCGGUCUGUAUGUCCUAGCCAUUGCCUAUUUUUGUCAUUUCUCAAUCUCAUCACCUGAAAAAUUCCAAUCCUCACUAGUUUUACACAACAUCCAAAACCUUCCAAAUAUUGUCCCAGUCUUUGUCAAUCACUUUUUCGCUUUUAAAAACCAUCUCUUUUGUAUAUCAAGGUCAUAUAGCAUUCUAAUAUAUUUGCCUCAAUAUUAUUGAAAAAAAAAAUUGAAAAUCACAAAAAAUUGAAUAUUAGUCACUAGUCUCUUUCAAGAAUAAAUACAAAAAUUUGAAAAACAAUUUCCUAAUUGCUUCUCAGUACCAAUCCUAUAAAUAUAUAUAUAUAUAUAUAUAUAUAAAUAUUGUUUUUUAUUCUAAUUCGCAUGUAUAAUCUGAUAAAAGCAAAUAAAUUUUCAUAAAAUUUA